UAUCUGCCAUUUCUGCCUGAACACAAGAAACCGCCUCUUCUUGCAGAAAGGAAGGUGCCUCACCCCUCCACAGACAGACAGACAGACAGCUACACUACAAACUCUGCACUCUCUUCCACCAGCUUGUCUCUUUCCAAGAUGGCCCAGUGUGUGACCAAAGUUCAGCUGUCCAUCUCGUGUGCGGAUCUCUUGGAUAAGGACAUUGGUUCGAAAUCUGACCCCUUGUGUGUGGUACUACAGAGCAUUGGUGAUGGAAAAUGGUCAGAGCUGGCGAGGACGGAGCGGGUGAAGAACUGCCAAAGCCCUGAGUUCUCCACAAAGCCAGUCGUUGAUUAUUACUUUGAGAAGGUUCAGAGUAUCAAGUUUGGAGUCUACGACAUUGACAACAAAUCUGUGGAUCUAAAUGAUGACGAUUAUCUUGGGGGCUACGAAUGCACCCUAGGCCAGAUUGUGUCAAAUCGUAAGCUGAAAGGGACCUUGCAACUGAAGGCGGGAAAACCUGCAGGAAAAGGAACAAUCACUAUUGUCGCAGAGGAGCUUAAAGACACUCGAAUUGUAAAUCUAGAGGUGGAAGCUAGGAACCUUGACAAAAAGGAUUUCCUUGGUAAAUCGGAUCCAUUCCUGGAGUUGUACAAGCAAGGCGAUGAUGGAUCCUGGCAGCUAGCACACAGGACAGAGGUGGUGAAGAACAAUCUAAAUCCUUGCUGGAAGAAGUUCAGUGUUAGCUUGCAGAGCUUGUGCAAUGGGGACUUAAAUAAACCUAUCAAGGUUCACUGUACAGAUUAUGAUAGCGAUGGCUCACAUGACUUGAUAGGGAUAUUUGAGACUAACUUGUCUCAGCUGCAGAAAGCAGGAGGAGGUUCUCCGGUGGAAUUUGAAUGUAUUAAUCCCCAAAAAAAGCAGAAGAAGAAGAGCUACAAAAAUUCUGGGACUGUUCGAGUCAAGUCUUGUAAAAUAGAUGUGGAGUAUUCAUUCCUGGACUAUGUGAUGGGUGGCUGCCAAAUCAACUUUACUGUUGGUAUCGAUUUCACUGGUUCAAAUGGGGAUCCCAAAUCGCCCGACUCGCUCCAUUUCAUUAGCCCAAAUGGAGUGAAUGAGUACUUGACCGCGAUCUGGUGUGUGGGGAACGUGGUCCAGGAUUACGACGCGGACAAACAGUUUCCAGCAUUUGGAUUUGGUGCUCAGGUUCCUCCAAACUGGCAGGUCUCUCAUGAAUUUGCUUUAAACUUCAACCCAGCUAAUCCAUACUGUCCAGGUAUACAAGGCGUUGUGGAUGCAUACCGCCAGGCUCUGCCGCAGGUCCGCCUGUACGGGCCAACAAACUUCUCCCCCAUUAUCAAUCAUGUGACCAGGUUUGCAGCCUCUGCAGCACAACAGAAGACGGCAUCUCAAUACUUCGUCCUUCUCAUUAUCACCGAUGGAGAGAUCACAGACCUGAAUGAUACCAGGAACGCCAUUGUCCAAGCAUCCAAACUUCCCAUGUCCAUUAUCAUUAUUGGGGUAGGAAAUGCCGAUUUCAAGGCUAUGGAAUUCCUCGAUGGAGACAAUGGAGUUCUGAAGGCCGCCAGUGGGGAAGCAGCCGCCAGAGAUAUUGUGCAGUUUGUGCCAUUCCGACAGUUUCAGAAUGCACCCAGGGAAGCUCUUACUCAAGCUGUGCUUGCCGAGGUCCCUAAACAACUGGUUUCCUAUUUCAAGCUGCUGGGACUACCACCAGUCAACCCCCCAAAGCCGAAGACCACUUAGAAAAAGGAGCAACCCCUCCAUAUGUGGUGCUGCUACAACCAGAGGAACGUGACCUGUAGAAUGAACAGAUCUCCUUUUAUUAUCCCACUCUAAUAGACUUGACACAGUUUUUCAUUCCAAUGCAACAGAGCAGACCCCCUUUCCAGUAGCUGUUCCUAGCGACAACCACCCUUCCUGAAAUCCGAGGUCCACACUGCUAAGGCAAUGUUCAUGUAUAUGUGUUGAAGUGUUGAGCAUUACAAUCCUGCUUGCCACAUCUAUGGUGCAGUUUUAAGCAAAACACAUGUUCCAUAGACCUCAACCAUACCAUAUGGAAAACACAGAAUUGUGAAGUUGGCCUUAAAUUGGAACUGUGGCCAGACUAUAGACAUUCAAAUCUGUACAUAUUCAUAACAAACUGUAAAAUGGGCCCUUACUGACCUCUGUAGCUGCUGGUGCUGUGGAGCAAUCAAUUUGCAAAGUUCACCAAACAAGAGAAGCUGGUCAAAACCUGCAGUAAUCGUGGCUGGAAGCGAACAAAAUGCGUCCAGCCGCUGGAAACCACUUGCUACAUUGCUUUGGCUGCCGUCAAAAUGUCACGGGCUCAGGGGCCACGACUAGCCUCUCGUAGUGGUCAACCCUAGCAGCAGAAAUCAGAAGAUUCCUGCCUCUGGGAUUCGCAUCAUGGUAAAAAAACACCCGUGCAAAUGUAUUCUAAAAGGCUGGCAGCCUACCAAAUCACUGCUGGGAGGGGGGAGCAAAACCACCUACUGAAAGAAAAUAAAAGUACUCCCUGCUGAAGAUUUUACUCCGGUUACUGCAGCUACAGAAGGCAGCGAGGGCUAGUUUUGAAGUUUUACGGCUUAUCGAACUAUAUAAAUGUCUAUAGCCUGGUUACAGUCUUGCUAUAAGAUGAACAUGUGCAUUUGGCGUGUGGAACAAAGCGACAGGAUCACUUCUCUCCCCACUCGCUCUGUUUUGGAAUUUUGACCUUUUAUAUAAUCUGUAUUUUCUUUUCUGUAUGUAGAAGUACUGUAUUUAUUGGCGUAUAACACUCACUUUUUUACCCUGAAAAUAGAGG